CUGACGACUUGCUAGAGUACAGUUCCUCUGUUUUGGGAAGUUUGGCUGUUUUUGUCUUUGCUCUUCAUAUAAUAAUCCACCGGGACUCUGUAAACCGGGAUUGACUCAUUCGGGACACUGAAGCCUCGGUGCGCUCUCUUGUCUGAUUUGACUGUCUUGAUUUGAAAUAUGUCCACAAUAAUGGAACAACCUUUUUAUGACGACUCGUUUCUCUCUGCUUAUGGCCAUCCAGGCGCAGCCAUACCGGACUACAAGCUGCUCAAGCAGAAUAUGAACUUGAACUUCUCCGACUGCUAUCGGAGCUCGUCAGUGAAGCCCCCUCCCAGAGAGCUGUUCCCCCCCGGCCCCCAGGGCCCCCAGCAGGGCCCCGACCCCCCGGGCUCCCUCAGGCUCGCCUCCCCGGAGCUGGAGCGGCUGAUCAUCCACAGCAGCAGCGGGCUGGUGACCCCCACCCCCGGCCCCGGCACCUUCCUCUACAGCCGCGGCAUCACGGAGGAGCAGGAGGGCUUCGCGGACGGAUUCGUGAAGGCGCUGGACGACCUGCACAAGAUGAACCAGAUGGGGCCCCCGAACGUGGCCCUGCACGGCCCCGGGGGGGGCCCCGGCGGGGCCUCCGUGUUCCAGCCGGAGCUGGAGUACGCCACUCUGAGCAACUGCUCCAAUAACCCCGGAUACCCGUCCGGCACCAUCAGCUACCUGCCCCCCCACCACCACCAGUACCAGCCCCAGGGCCCCCACGGCCCCCACCACGGCCCGCACCACUUCCAGCAGCAGCAGCAGCUCCCCCUCCCCGGGGCGCACCGCUACGCCGGGCUGAAGGAGGAGCCGCAGACGGUCCCCGACAUGCAGAGCAGCGACGGCGGCUCCCCGCCCAUGUCCCCCAUCGACAUGGAGAGCCAGGAGCGCGUCAAGGCGGAGCGCAAGCGGCUGCGGAACCGGCUGGCCGCGUCCAAGUGCCGGCGGCGCAAGCUGGAGCGCAUCGCGCGGCUGGAGGACAAGGUGAAGCUGCUGAAGGCGGACAACGCGGGGCUGGCCGGCACCGCGGACGCGCUGCGGGGCCAGGUGGCGACGCUCAAGAGCAAGGUGCUCACGCACGUCAACAGCGGCUGCCAGCUGCUGCUGGCGCCCAAAGUCAAGUCCUACUGACGGAAAUAUAAUAUAUAUGCACUUUUACAAUAAAAACACUGGAGCAGAACUGCACUGGAGAGAGACAGGACCAGUCCUGAACCUGACGGGUUUCUUUUGGCUACAGGAACUUGACAGUCAGGAAACCACACAAGACUAAAACACUUAGGGCAUUUUUAAAAAGUGUCGUCUUUUCAGCCUGUUUACAUUUUCUUUGCCAUGUGAUCCUUUUUUUUUUAAAAAAAGUUGUGUGUGUUGUUCAGGUUCGACCUGAUCAGCUUUGUCUUUAUUUACUUGUACAGUAUAUAUAUUUAAGUAAAUGAACUUCUGAACUCGA